UUGUUUCUCUUAGCACUGCGGUAAAGAAGCGGGCGCAGAUAGUGAUGGGGCUGUCAGGGCGAAGCGUUAUAUGCGUCCACGGCGUGUCUGUGCGUGUGUGUCUGUCAGGCUCCAGCAGAGGUGGCUCACAUUAGACAUUUUGGGCAGUGCCUGCGCAUUUCUUAAUGUGGGUGUCAGGCCGACCUGCAGAAAUGACGACGUGACGCUGAACUUUGCGGUGUCAGUCGUAAGGUUGGCUGCAGGAAGCUGAUGCCCAGCAGCAUCCAUCCAGCUAGGGGUGAAGAUCACACCUCCUCAUCUUUUGAUACCGCGAAUAGAAGCACCGCGAGCUAUCUGGCACAAUCUGGGCUUCAUUAUUGCAUUGUUGCCAGCCACAUGUCUCCAUAUUGAAAUGCCGGUCAGAAUCCAUGCUGCUGCUGUUUCCCUGUAUCAGAGGACCAGGGCCCAUCUCUUCUGUCUGGCAUCACACACACACACACGGCUUAAGCUAAGCAGAAUAGAUCACUGCGAGUAGAGGGUGAGAUCAAACGCGAACAGGCUGUACAAAGAUAAGAACAAAAACCAGUCUGCAGAGACGAUUCCAGCCUGCUGGAGUAAAAAUGAAUGAACUUGGAGCACGCAGUGGCUUAAAGUGACCUCAUCCUGCUUCGUUAGUCUCGUGCUGUCAUCACUAUCGGUAUAAAAUCACUCACAGGAUCAUCUGAUAUCCAAAGCACCCUUCUAAUGUCUAACUGUUGGCCUUUCAUGGUUGUGAUGACUGCAGUGGAGGGUCUUCUUGACUCUUGAACAUGGUGUGGAUAUCAUUUAGUUUGGUUUUAAAGGUCGCCGUGCACCCCACCUUCAUAGGAGCCUCUUACAGCGCAUUAUUGGUCCUUUGUACUUCCUCUGCCAAACCGUGAUCUACAUUAGCAUAGACUGCGGUGUUACUGGUAAUGUGGUGUCUCCAUGGAAACUGGAGCUGUCAUAUGACAAAGUCACUUAAUAUUAAUCUUCAAACCUGCAAGCACGCAGCACAAGAUUAAAAGCUCAUUACAAAGCGUGUUUCAUAAACCCGGGCUUCAUUGCAGUUUUAAUCACCCAGAAUCAUCAUGUGAUCACAGGGCCUCGUUUCUUUUACGAUUACUGCCCAGGCCUGCAGUGCCCGAGAUGCACGUGUAGGCUAUUGAACCAUGCCCCCAGGUUUGGUUUCAGGGUUCCCCUUUUCUGAAAAUCCUUGUUUGCCAAAAUACAGAAAACACAGACUAUACUGUAUCCAGGAUGUCAGGUAACAUAUAAUCUGUGCACACAAACUCUUGAGGGGAAUUACAGUAAAAAAGUGAACCCAUAUCUCUUCCUGAAAACCCCACAAGGACCCAUGAAGGUCUCCGAGAUCCCAGUGCGGGACCUGGUGUCCCAUAUUUCUGUCUUUGAUACGAUUUAUCACCACAGGCUGUGAAACUCCACCGUGUUACGUAGAGUCCUUAAAAUCCAAUACAUACGGUACACAUAGAAACUGUAAUUAUAGCUAUAUUAACAUCAAUACAAUGAUACAGUGAAUGUGUACCACACAUGCUAUCCAUUAUAGCCACCCUGCUACCGUCGAACCAGUCGUGUGACGUCGUUAUCGCAGCUGAACCAAUGAAAUUACUUCUAGCAAUUUUACCGCGAGGAAGCGAAAUAUGGGCGUGUCCAUGUUCGUCCUUCCAAAGAAAACGUAAAGAAGCUGCUAAAUACACAAGCGAACCAAAACGUAAUGGCCUUGCUGGCUUACAGGUAAAUGUACCCUGUGUCACUGGGGGCAUGGUUAAGGUCCUCUCGGGCAUACUUGCUGUUGCGUUGGAAGCGGCAUCCUUUUGUUUUUGGGCGGAGCGUUAGCUGCUAGCCUUUUAUUUAGCUAGCAGCGACUACCUCAGAUAGCCGGUUGUAGGGACUCACAUGGCGACACCUCUGUUGUUUCACAACGGCUCGGCUAGCUAACAGCAGCCCGUCUCCUGCCCUCGGCCUGACCCCAUGGAUCCCGGUGGAAGUGAACUGGACUCCAGCCUGCCUCAGCCAGACAACCCGUGUUUGAUAGUGGAGGACUCCCAGCCGGACAGUGUCGCUUUAGAAGACGACCCCGAGAGCAGCUACCGAGCUCUGCUGGCCCGUCGCCUGUCCAGUCUACAGCCCACCGCUCGCAGCCCGGUACUGGAAUUAAUAUCUUCACCAAUAGGAAGCAGGUGCUCUCAGACCGGCAGCCAAUCAGAGAGCAACAGCCAGGCUGAGCCUGACGGUCUUGCUGCAGCCAACCCCAGUUCAGUGUUCCAGGAGGACAGUCAAGUUUUAAAUAUCUGCGCUCCUCCAAACAACAAAAAGUGUGUACCAGAGGACGCUGACAUGGAUUCCGGUGCUGAUUCUACUACACACUGUAUUCAGUCUGAAGGGGAAGCUUCUCAGUUUGGUUUUCUUGAGCUUUCUCAGACUCAGGAUCUGUGUGGGGAAGCUGUGAACAGUCAGGAGGAAGACGGAGACAAAUGCAACAAAUUGGCAGAGCAGAACAUCAGUUCCAGGACUUCAGAAAGUCAGGACAGCAAAGCGUUGAGGUCUGAGGUGAGCUCCAGCAGCUCAUCAGAGUCUUUGGGUCAGUCAGGCAGGCAGCUGAGUGUCCAGGUCCUGCUGCACUCGCAGAACCUGCAGGACUCUGCUGAGCAGGACCAGCAGGACUGUGAGAUCCUGUCCUCACAGGACGACCUGUUCGAUGCUGACAAGACAGGUGCUGCAGUGGACAGUACAGUGUCUGAGCCGGAGCAGCAGGGUCACCCCACCUCCACACCCGCCCACACCCUACAGCUGCUGCAUCUAUCGGGACAGGGAACACUGGUGCAGGAGAGUCUGUCCCAGAGCUCUGUUGAUUAUGUCGCCCCCACCCCAGACAACUUUAGCCAUACCCCUUUAAUAGUUCCCAGCUCACCAACCGAACUAGAGGAUGAAAAUGGUGCUGAUUCACAAAUGGAUACGUCACUGCCUCCGGAUGACAGGGGAGCAGGAGAAAAGGACGAGCCAAUGGAAACCGAGGCCGCCCCCAAGCCACAACCAUCUGCAUCUACUCCCAUAUCCCAAAGUUCCCCUGGUUUUGCUUUAGAGCGAACUCUCUCUGUACCGUCCCAGCCCGAGUUCUCUCAUGACGUAUUUGUUCCGACGCAGAGCCAGGAUGCACAGACGCAUGAAAAGUCAGCGUCGUUGCCUUGUGAGACAGAGUCUCAGCAUCUUGAGUCAGCUCCCUUCACCUUGCCUUUGCAGCUCUCUGUGAACACAGAGAACAGCAGCUGUCAUCAGCUCACCUCUGAGGAGGACAGCCAAGCCACUCAGAUAGAGGAACUGGAGGAGCCGCUUGCCGUCGACACCAGCGACUCUGUGAUUUCGUGUCACGAUCAGAGAGAGGAGAGUAAAGCCGUCCCGUCGGAGUCACAAGCCGCCGCCGGCUCCAAAGUGUUGUCCUCUGCUGAAUCACCGAAGCGCCACGUUGAAUGUGCUGAGACUGAAGCGACCGAUCUGGCCCAGAAAUCAGCAGUUUCUCUGAAUGUACAAAAUGUGAAUGUAAACGAUGUGAAGGCUGACAGCAAAGAUGCUGGCUGUGCUGACAUGGUGUCUUGCUCGCAGCCAAAGUUUGAUUCUGCUGAUCUGACAGGUAAAAGCUGUGUGCAGGAGACUCCCUCAGACGCUACGCCCUGCAGCCUGCUUUCACAGUCUAUGAUUUCUCAAACAUCUGCUGUGGAUGCAGAUGUGUCAGGAGGAACUGUAAAAAGUCCCUUUGUGGAAUCGUCGUCGCCGCAGCCUGAGGUGGGGUGCAACAGCCAGGCAGACAAAAACUCAAUGCACGAACGAGGUGAAGAGGAGGAUCAGGAGGUGGCGAUGGAGGUGGAGAACGCCGAGGGUACCUCGGGAAUGGGUCUGGUUCUCUCCCAGAGCCAGCUGUUGUCUCCUGAACCCAUGGACGAGGAGAUUGAGGACAAGGCAGAGGACAGCAUCCUCUGUGUAACAGACAGUGAGAAAGAGGUGGCGUCACAAUCAAAGACUCACAGUUCUCAACCAAUCACAGGCCAAGUGUCAGUCUCUACCAAUGGCCAUGAAUCCCAGACUCAGGAGAAAGAGGCGCACUCGGCUCCCGAUAGGCUGUCCCAGACGGAGAGGGCGGGCUGUGAACCAGAGGCCCUCAAAGAAAAGAGCUUGAGCGACAGCUCGGGAGACAUUUCAUUCCACUUCACCCUUCCUAAAGAAGGAGACUUGAUUGGACCUGUUGUCGGCGCCACGCCACCGCUGAUCAACCAGCUGAAGCAGACGCUGAGACACAGCACUCCCAUCGAGAUCAGCUCUUUUUCUGAAAAGUCGGAUGCAGUGGGUGAUGUCUCUGCAGACGUGGUGAUGGCCAGCAGCGAUAUCGUUUUGGGUGGAAGUGGCGGUGACGCAGCUGACAAAGGUGACGGGAAGCUGAGCUUGAGGAUGAAGCUGGUGACGCCCGUUGAGGAGGGCAGCUCGGAGCGUUUCAGCCUGCAGAAGCCGACGCCACCAGAAGAGGAUGGAUCGGUCACCAAGGUUACGACCGUUUCCCAGGCUGUAACCAGCAGCCCGUCGGUGUUCACUCGGGUCAGGCAGGUGCACCGACAGCAGGAGGUGGAGGAGGACAGCCAGCCUGGAGGAAACACUACACUGGUCAGGGGGGAACUGUUCGCCUCACCACAGAGGAGCUCUCAGGCGUCCGUAUCGAAAUGCAACAGUCUGCCGAACAGCCAGGAUGUAUCGACCGCGCCGCAGCAGGACCUGCGGGAUGCGCUCACCCCUGCUGAGCCGCCUGAGGACAGUAGAGGACUGCCUGAUGCUCAACAGCCGACCUCCCCGAGCAGCACAACAGUCAGGCAGAAGGUGGUUUCCCAGCCGGCCUCUGAGAACACCAUCACCUCCACACCGCCCAGCAAGACAUGCCAGCGGACCGUCUCCCAGCAGACCGGCUUCGAUGCAGCGGGGUUUCGCUCCCCAGCUGGCCGGGGUGAACCCGAGUCCCCGUCCUUUAGAAGAACCGCCGUUCCCUCUCACCGCAGACACGUGCGCACCAUCCAGGAAGUGCGGACCACCGUCACUCGGAUCAUUACCGACGUGUAUUAUGAGGACGGCAAAGAGGUGGAUCGCAAAGUCACCGAGGAGAGCGAGGAGCCCGUGGUGGACUGUCAGGUCCUGGACAGCGACAUCUCUCCGUGCCGCACAGGCAGCAGUUCUGUGACCUCUGGUGAUCUGGGGGACAUCAGCUCGCUUUCGUCCAAAGCGUCCAGCCUGCAGCACAGCUCCGGGGGAACCAGCAGCAGUAUGGGCCUCACCAGACCAGACUUCAUCAUUCCAGCGAGCAGAGGGUUCAAAUCCACGAGGGACAACACAGGCCUUUUAUACGAGACUGUUCUCUCUCAAAGGGGAGGAGGCGGUGGCUCGCUGCAGAGACUGACGGCUCAGGGCCAGCCACAGUCGUCCUCAGAAGAUGAGCCGUACAGCCGCGUGCUCCCCGUCAGCCCCACGGACCCCGAGCUGCCCAGCCACUCGGACUCCCUCAGGUCUUCGCCAGAGGCGGCGAGCUCAGCCGGGAGCAGCUUCAUCGGCCUGCGGGUGGUGGCUAAGUGGUCAUCCAAUGGUUACUUCUACUCUGGUCGCAUCAUCAAAGACGCCGGCGAGGGGAGAUUCCGCUUGCGGUUUGACGAUGGCUACGAGUGUGAGGUUGCCGGGAAGGAUAUCCUGCUGUGUGAUCCCAUCCCGCUGGAGACGGAGGUCACUGCUCUGCUGGAAGACGAGUACUUCAGUAUAGGUGUCGUUAAGGGCCAUAAAACAGAGGGCCAGGAGCUGUUUUACAGCGUGGAGAAGGAGGGUCGGAGGCAGUGGUACAACAGGACAUCGGUCAUCCUGUCGCUGGAGCAGGGAAACAAGCUGAGGGAGCAGCACAGCCUCGGGCCCUACGAGCCCACCACUCCCCUGGCCAAGGCCUCCGACAUUAGUCUGGAUAACUUGGUUGAGGGGAAGAGGAGACGCAGAGGAACCCCUGGAGGUCAGAACACUCCCAACCGCAGCUCCUCCAACAGCCCUCGCUCCCCGGGAACCUCCAGCAAGAGGAAGCUGAUGGCCUCAGAGGACAACCAGGGGCCAGCCAAGAGAGGGCGCAGGGGGGCGGGGGCCAGAGCUGCUCAGCGGGUCGGUGUGUGCAAUACCUCGGGCAGUGGCACCGAUGUCCCGGGUCAGUCUGGGGACGUGGAAGACUCUCACGGUCCGCUGCCCCAGAACACGUCCCUCUUUAUGGGCUUCGCUUUCAUGCUGACCGCGUCGUCUGAGACCGACCGCCUGACCAACAAGCUCACGAGCGAGGAUGAGGAGGAUUAUGUGCAGACGGGUCCGUAUAACAAGUCAUACACAGAAACCCAGCUGCAGGCGGGCGGAGGCUUCAUCCUACCAAACUUCAAUGAAGAACAGUGUAAGGCAGCUUACCAGAGCCUGCUCAUCGCGGACCAGCACUGCCGUACCAGGAAGUACCUGCUGUGUUUAGCCAGCGGCGUGCCGUGUGUGUCGCACAUAUGGGUGAGAGACUGCUGCAAAGAAAACAAACUGCUCAACUACAGGAACUACCUGCUGCCUGCCGGCGUGGGGCUGGACGAUGCCAUAGUGGAGUGGCAUCCUCGCUGCAGCCCCUUCAAAGGCCUGCGGGCUCUUCUGGUGUUUGAGAAGCCGGUGGAACUCUGGGCCCAGCUGAUGACCAUGGGUGGAGGCUCCUCCGUCCGGCAGUUCCAAGCAGACAAAGACGACUCUGACAUUCCUGCUGGCAAGUAUGACCUCGUGGUGACAGACCAUGCCUGUCCGCUGCUGCUCGAGAAAAGCGCAACAUCACAGGAAAUCCCGCUGGUGUCUCCGGAGUGGCUCAUCCAGAGUCUCAUCUGCGGGGAGCGCCUGGCUUUCGAUUGCAAGCCUCAGUUUUGCCACGACUAUUCCUCGUCCUCGUCGUCCUCAUAAUCUGACCCCACGUGCAAAAUGCCUUUGACCAAGCUAAAUGUUGAGCGUUAGUUCUGUUGCAUGCUUCUGCUGUAUAUAACUUGAUCCUGUCCGUUUUUAUGAGAUAAUAAAUUGUGACCCUUGUUUCAUUUUAA